GGUUUAUCUAUUUCCGGAUAAAAUAAAAAUAGAAGUUAUUAUUUCGAAUUUUCGAUUGAAAUGUUUGCAAAGCUACAAUUUUCAAAUUAACACAAUUGCGUACAAAUAGUUAUGUGUAAUGUGCAGUAAAGCUGUGGCCUUUUUGUAGGGGGGAGAUUUCCCAAAGAUCACCUUUCAUAUUGAAUUACCAUUUGUACAGCAUAUUCACCUAUGACCACAACUGACUGCAGUAGUCAUGGCAAUGACUCUUCAACAACAAUAAAUGGUCCAAUAGAAUCCAACAGAAUCACUGACCUACUCCUGACUCAAUCUCCAUGGCAAGUUUGAGUUCAGCAGUAUCUGGGAACAAUGAGCGCAUGGUGGGAUUAUUGGUGGCUGUCCCAGGCAGUGUUUCUCAAAGAGAGUUAGAUGAGGCUUUACUUCAGGCCUGUCGUCUUGGCCACAAACAAUGUCUGGAAAUACUAUUGAGUGCUGGGGCUGACAUUCACCAAAGUGACACCCAGGAUAGAACUCUUCUACAUAUCGCUGCAUCUGAGGGUCAUACUGACAUCAUUGAUACAUUGCUGUCAUUUGAACAUUGUGACAUCGAUGCUAGAUGUCAGCAAGGGACAAGUUUACAUAUGGCAGCACGUAUGGGGCAUAUUGACUGUCUUAAACGGCUCGUAAAUGCAGGUGCUAACAUAGAUGCAGUAGAUCAAUCAGGAAGCACUGCUCUGGUUCUUGCCACAAAAAAUAUAAAUCGGGCACGACCUAUUGCACAGUACCUCAUUGAAGCAGGGUGUGAUUUAAAUGCACAGGAUAAAUGUUUAAAAACUGCCCUGCAUUAUGCUUGCAAGAAAGCAUUUGGUGUUGAUCUUCUACUAAAUGCUGGUGCCAGAACUGACCUCUUAGAUGAACAUGGAAAUACUUCUAUAAUCUAUGCAGCUACCGAAGGAUUCUGCGGUGUGAUUAGGGCACUUUGCGAGGCUGGAGUUGAUGUUAAUGUUGCAAACACGCAAGGCAAGACCGCCAUGCAUUAUCUUGCGCAGAAAGGACAUAAGAAAUGCUUACAACAUUUAAUAGAUGGCGACGGUGAUCUUAAUCAGCCAGAUAACCAUGGAAAUGUCCCACUCUGGUAUGCAAUCGUAGGACGUAGACCGGAAGCUGUUAGAUGUCUCCUUAAGGCAAAUUGCAUGCUGGGUAAUAUAAAUGGAUUGCGGAUGGAUAAUCUUAUUGGAUACGCAUUAGAAAACAGAUUGUUCGAUAUUGUGUUGAUGUUACUCAUCGCAGGUUAUGAAGUUGCCGAUUUGAAAUUCUGGCUCCUUAACAAUGAUAUGCCUGAAGAAUUCAAAAAGGAUGAUCACAUCGAACACUUUGUUUAUGAAAUGUUAACAGGACCGCAUACUCUUCGUCAGCUUUGCCGGUUGUUUUUUCGUCGAUUGAUGUGCAGAUAUCUGAUGGCUAAACACCACCAUCUGCCCCUUCCUCAGACUGUACUGGACUAUCUUACUCUCAAAGAGUUGGACGACUUCCAUUUCCAGAAAGGAGAUUGA